AUGGCCUCUGCAAUCCUUUCAGCCUUUCCCCGACCACCAACACACAUCCCAACCUCUCCUCUCCCACAGACACCCGGUUCCAGCUCACGACCUACGACACCAAGUGGGAGGCGAACACCUGGUGCACCAUCUGCGCAUGAGACUCCCUUUGCAUCCACGCCCAUUCUCCCAUCAGAUGCAGACGCUGCAGGCUCUUCAGCCUCAACGACGGCUGCACGGAAAGAACGUCGUCGGAGCCGUGGUGCAUCCGCCGCUCCGGGCGCAUAUCGCGGCGUAUUCGUCGGUGAAGAAGCGAUGAUGCCACGCAUGAGUGUCGAAAGCACCAUGGCCUUUGCCAAUGUGGAUGGUGCGAGUAGCCCUACCGAGAGUUCGUUUAGCCACACGACGUUUGCGACGGCGACGACGAGUGCGAACAAUCGGGAGCGUGUGGGCCAUUAUGAGAAUCUGCGAAGGACAUUGCUCAAUAGUCCCAAUGGGACUAUGAACGGCGAGAGAACUUCUCAAUAUUCCCAAGGUACCGCCGAUGGAUCAAGUGGCUCCAGCGCCCACGGUCACCUUGCGCUGCAGACGCCAUCUGCUCUGAGCUCGCGGCCAAAUUCGUUUAUCGGUCCCGGAACACCUCCGUUGAAUGUCCCGCUCUCUGCCUCUGCUCGUUUAGCCGCUCUUCGAGCAAAGCGCACCGGACUCAACGCCCUCAACAUUACCUCACCACCACCAGGUGGCCACAUCCCACUCGGAGAUGGUCAAAAGACACCCGGAAGCGGUUCGUACGCCUAUCGACGGCAAAGCUGGGGUUCAGUAUCCGCUGCGGGCCCUCCUCCGACAACACCGCUCCCACCGAUCCCUACAACACCCAUGGGCAGAAAGGAAAAUCGAAAAAGUAUCAACCUAGCAUCGCCUACCCAGGCUUCUUUCCCGUUUCCUAAAUCGCUUGGUCCGGGAACGUCUACGGCCGCCACGACGCCGACGACUGCGACGUUUCCGUAUUCAGCCCCGUCGGUCGCCACGUUUGGUCACGGCAUCGGUGGAGCCGCGAGUGUGCGAGACGGAGAGCAUAGUCGGGCUAGUAGCUUUGGAAGCACGGGUGAUAUGCACAGGGGUGGUGUCUAUACUUCGACAAUGCCGUUGAAACUUGGACUAGGGAAUGGGAGCGUCGCCACGUUUGGAGGCGGCGGGAGUCCUAGCGAGUUUGGCGGAGAAGAUUCGAAUCCGUCCAUGUCUGGUACACCCCCACGACAGAAUCGGCCCGGACAUAUGCCAAAUUUUAGUACGUCGACUACGACGUCAAAUGGAACGGCCUAUGCGGCGAUUGGCAGGCGGGUGACGCGUUUGUCCACCGAGAGCUUUAAUGGUGGGCUCGCUGCCAUUGCCGCUCUCAGCCGAGUCGAUUCUGGUACCGGGUCGCAAUCUAGUAAUUCUCCCAAUGGUCCGAUAAACAACACUAUGCCCGCUCCUCAAAUUCUCGGCGUGGAUAUGGACGACGAGCCGCUCGAUGUUCAAAAAGAGUUGGAGUUGUUGAGGAGGGAAAAGGCAGAACGACGCGUCUCGAGUGCGUCCAUGUUGUCCAAUUUUUCGACUCGAAGCAACAAUACGUUUCGUGGCGCGGCGAGCAAAGUCAUGGACGUCAGCCCCGAAGAAGUUCAAGACGACGAAGGUGCAGAGUUGGCCGGUGAGAGGUUGUUGGGGAGUGUGGGUGCUGGAUUGGAAGGACUGGCGAGCACGUGGGGUCCAGGGAAGCGUACUCAGAGCGCGCGAAGUCUAGCGAGUGCCAAAUUGGGUAUUGGAACCCCGCCCACUUCCCGACCUGGGAGCUCUCGUGGGGACCGAUCGCGUCCGACGAGCUUUAUUAGUUCGGUCCGCAAGGGAUCGUUGCUCGCUGAAGGAGAAGAUGUCAACUCUCGAACUCAGUCUCCCUCGGCUGCCUCUCUUGUUGCGCCUUCGCUCACCCAAUCGAUAUCGCGAGGACAUUCGCCUGCUUACCAAUCAAGUGCAGCCACGACCCCGUUCAACACUCUUCCACGGUCGCAAUUACACCAAUCGUACGAGGAAGACGAUGCCGACGAAACAAUCACCCUGAACAGGGCGCCCAGUCUCUCCAGCAAUGGCCACCGUGCGACGGCUCGCGAGAGCCUCUUUUCUCUCUACGCUCGUAGAGAAAGCGACGACAGUAUCCAGACGUUUGAGCCGGGCGUAGUGGGCUCUGGGUCGACGUUUGCGUCGAGGAUCAGUGAAGAGAUUGAGAACAGAAACUCUGUCGCGAGCUCCAACUCGGCCCACCUUAUGAUAAAGCCAAAGGGGACGUCUUCCAAGCGCACUGUGCCUGACGUGACGCUCGAGGAUGCAAGUGAUCCGAGUGGGAAGACUCCCAUGGCUUUUCCGAACAAGCCUCUUUCGGAUGAUCACCGAUCGACAUCGAAUAUACACACAUCUGUAUCCGUUGAAUCACACGAGAGCCAGGACCGGCUAGUCAACAUUAGCGUAUGGGACGAUGCCGCACCCGUCACGCCCAACUCGGCAAGCUCACACGCGACAGCAUCACCCAACGGAUGGCUCGGUCAGCUGCCAAAGGGACCUGCUUCGAACAACGUGGAGUCCGCCAUGGACGAGAGCCUCCCUCGCACAUCGAUAUCAAGCUCGCAUUCGGAUAAAUCUCGACUCGCACCUUCGACCUCUUCCUCUUCUGCGUCUGCGUUGACGAUUACGCCUGGCACUGCUUUUGCCCCGUCGGGUGUCUCGUCCUCCAAGCCCAGUCUCGAAUUGGAGAGACCGAGCUCUGCCAUGUCAUCAGGUUUGCAAACUCCAUUUCCGGCGCCGCCCGCGCUUAAUGUCCACCAAGCCACACCGCUUUCUUCCGAAACAUCGCUUGCAAUGUAUCAGUAUGAGGAUCAAGACGAAGAGGACGAUGUGCUUGCCUCGCCGAGUGCUGGACGUGAUCGUGGGAAGCAACAACCGGCCGCCAGGACCUCGCGCAAAGCUCGUGCGUCUGAAGAUUUUGCAGUCAAGCUCGAACGGGAAAUGGCGCAAGAUGGGAUGCAAGGAGAAUUUGCAUUGCUUCAAGAAGUGGCCGUACGCGAAAAGCGCAUGAAGCUAGCGCUGUUUGGACGUGGUGGGCCCACGCUCAGUCGUCCCAAGGAUCGAAGACCGCAGUCAAUGGCCGCGAUUGAGAAAAAAUUGCCGGAUUCGCCUGAUCGGGAGGACUCGAGGGCGGAUGGGGCGAGUAGUCCAGAGAUUGAGGAGAUGAUUCGGCGUGGACGCAAGAGUCUGAGUAGUGCGCAGAAAAAGGCGAUGCGGAGAAGACGAAGCACGGGUGCGAUUCGACCUUAUCCGUCGGGAGAAUGGAGACGGAGCGAGGUUGACCGUGCGCUUGGGUUCAUCAAGCCUGGCGAAAGUACACGCAAGGCGAUGGAUAUCGAUCGUGAUCGUGUGAUGGUACGAGACUCUGUUGUGCUCGAGCUCCCUCCGGAAGAAAAAUAUCGAGAACCCGAAUUGGAGGUGGACGAAGGUGCCGAGACGGACUCGAGUAUUGAUCUCCACACUCCUCUGCCGCGGCUGAUGCUCAAGGACGGUCUCCUGUCACCGCAUUCCAAAAUUCUAAGGCCACCAACACCCGAGGAAGAAGUCCAAGGGUCAAGAAUGUCGAUCAGGUCUACCCUCAAAGUACCAAAGCCAAAUGAUAAGCGCAAACGGCGCCAUCGAGAUGGCAAGCUUCUUCGAGAAGGUGUUGGUUUGACGACUGGUCUUGGCUGGAGUGAUUCCGAGGACGAAGAUGCACCGUCUCCAUUGACAAGGCGUCUGUCGACCAUGACGCUCAACUCGACCAUUUCCCGCAAAGGCUCCAUGGCCUCGUCUAUCAACUCUUAUGGCGGAAGCUCGUUCCACCUCUCCCGCUCUCCAUCUAUGCCCUCUAUCCCAUCUGGCGCAACCAUCUCCAGCGCUUCCCUCGCGUCGAAACAUAGUAGCACCAGCUCUGGAUCCGAUGCUACCUCUCGUAAUGAGGUUCCUCGCACACGCGCCGUCGUGUUUGUCGAGCGAAGUCCCUAUGGUCAACCACCCGUCACCCCCAAACCCGCUCUCAAGCCCUCUGCGACAAUGUCCAUCAUCGAGCAUGCGCAAAUGCUUCCCACGGCAUCGCUGUUCAAGUCGAGGAACCAUCCACUUGCCUCAAGCAGUCGACAUCCUACCUUUAAUUUUUCAAUGGGAGAUCGACGAUCCAGCAGCCCUGCUGGUAACUCGAGUCAGUCGAGCAGCGGUGGGGUCAUUCCUCCGGUGACGCCAGAGGCGGACCGCAUGCCCUCUCUUGGACAUGAUGCGAUGCUCAAGGACAUGUCGACGCCCGAAGAUCUUCAAGGAGCAAGCGGGGCAAGUUCGAUUGGCUUUGGGUCAGCGAGCAUUAGCGGUGCCGGCGCUGGACUUGCGGCGAUGGGACGUGGUCGGAGUUGGACGAGUCCACCGAGUCCAUCGCCCGUAAACGCAAUGCUCCCAGGAGACGAUGAAAUCACCAAACCUACGCCUCGUCCUGCCGAGGUUCGGUAUAGCGGAGGAAACUUUUCCUACCCAACCGCCAUGCGACAAGUACCGGGUGCUCCUCCAGCCACACCUGGAUCCGAGACCAAGAAACCAGAUGGAUUGAAAAAGCCUGCACCGCGCGGCCUCCAGAUGCUCACCUUGCCGACUGUUGUUGCUGCUGGAGGACGGCUGAGCCCACGAGCUGGUACAUUCGCUCUCCCAAGUUCGCCAAGUCUGCAAAAUGGUGCGACUACGCCCAAGAAGAGUGGUCUUCCUCUUCCCGGAGGCAGCCUGUCAAAGAGUUCUGGAAACAUCGCAGCUGCUGCAUCUGCUGCUUCAAGUGCUGUCAGAGCUCGUUCGGGAAGCACAGGGAGCACGAAUGGGAAUCCCGCAAUGCCUCCACUCAUCUCAACUCCCAUGAGAACGAGUAGCCGAAUGCCCCAAUCGACUAUUCCCCGCAACCGAACGUUGAGCGGAGGCGUUAGCGCAAUGAUGGUCGCUCCUGCAGAACCGGUUACCCCACCUCUUCCUCCGGCACCUGCCACUGGAUCCAUUGGCAAGAAAGGGCUUGGAUCGCUUCGCUCCAUUGUCUCGUCUCGCAGUACAUCCGAGACUGCAGGAUCCAUCCCCCGCAUGCUCGGCGUUGCGCGAGCAACCAGUGCUCCUGGGAGCCCACCGACUCGCAUCGCACCCCCCUCUGUGACGGGCAAGACUGGCGCUGGCAUGACGUACCGCAAGUCUGCGGGAUCUGCAACGGAAGCGGCCGGCUUCACACCAAUGAAGUCGAAGAUUGCCACGCCGCCGUCGUCCACCUCGCGAUUGGCCGCCCCGAGCUCGUAUACGCUCACUCGCACGCCUAGCACGGCAAGCCUGACGCCCUCUGUCGUCGGCGUCGCGCUCUAG